GUUUCAACAAACUGUAAGUGACAGGACGAUCCAAUAGUUAGGCUCCCGUUCCAAUUUUCUCUUACAGUACAUCUUUAUUUAAAACCUCAACAUUAUAAAUUCGAGUCAAUUGGUUUGGGUUAACCUACGGAAGUGUAUAAGGCGAAAACAACUGUAUACAUGCAAUCCCAUAACAAAAACUUAUUUAAGAGUUCAGUGUCAGAGUCACUGACUUCAACGGCUCCAUUGUUGAGUAGAAAUAUUUAUGAUCAGACUCUAAAUCGAAUCCGUAAUGCUGAAGUAAACUUGUCUUGUUUUGCUUUCUUAUUUAGUGAAUUAAUCCAGAGGAUACAAUCUCAAGUGUCUGGUAUUCAAGAAUUUGAAGAAAAGCUGAAUGAACAUGGAUAUCGGGUCGGACAAAGGCUAAUAGAGUUGGUAAUCUGGAGAGAAAGGAAUCCCAAACGUGAAAUUCGCAUCCUGAAUGUUCUUCAAUACAUUCAUUCUACUUUAUGGAAAUAUCUUUUUGGACGACACGCAGACUCUCUUGAAAAAUCAAAGGAGAAUGAAGACGAAUACAUGAUCGUCGAUAACAAUCCUCUAUUCAACAAGUUCAUUUCUGUGCCAAAAGAAAUGAGCCAACUUAAUUGCUGUGCCUAUUUGGCUGGCAUUGUAGAAGGCUUCUUGGACAGUGCGCAAUUUCCUUGCAAAGCUUCGGCACAUACUGUACCCCUUGCUCAACACUCUCAACGAACUGUUAUCCUCGUCAAAAUUCAACCUUCUGUCUUGGCUAGGGAAGAACUUCUUGGAUAACAAUUUGGUUUGAUAAGGUAAUAUAAUGCAUCUACUUAGACAAAU